AUGUCUUCUUCUGUGCUCUUAUGUCUUGAUGAUUGUGGAUAUGAUUGUCCGGAAUUAAUGAUGGCAACAAGCUUAAUUACCAAGCCUGGUGUUGGGGGGCCUCUUGUCAAUUGCUACGGUGAAGUGGUUGGGGUGAAUUUUAUGAAUGAGCAAUUCACUCCCUUUCUUGCUGUGAACAUAGUGGCCAAAUGGCUCAAUCUCUACGAUAGAUAUGAAAAGUUUUGCCGACCUUGGACUAGACUAGUUGUUACCAAUCUUUAUGCCACAAGCAUAAAAGAAAUGAAUCGUAUCGUCCCCAACAAUCCCGAAGUCUCAAGAGGUGUUUUCGUUAAACGGAUACACGCUGGUUCUCCUGCCCAUCGUGUUGGUUUAAAGCCGCAUGAUGUUAUAAUUCAGUGCAAUGGAAGAGAAGUGAAAGGUUUCCUGGAGUUUUACUGUAAGCUGUUGAGUAAGUGUGGGAGCUGUGUCGAAGUUGGAGUGGUAAGGAAAGGUCACAAUGGGGUUUUGAAGUUCAAGAUACCUGUUGAGCAAUGCGACCCGAACAAUUUGAACAAGUGGCCGCUUCCUACGGAACAUAGUCAAAGGAUCGUGAGAGGACAGCGUGGAUAA